CUCCUGGUACUCAAGUAGAGACUGUGGGCAGCAAACUCAAGCACACGUUUGGUUUGCAACUCGCAAAUGAACGCCGUUUCGUGUUGCAGGAGCAAGCAUUCUUAUUCGAAAAGCUUCGUAAUCCGCUAAUUAAAUACACGAUAUUGGGCAGUGGGGUCGACCUUGCGACGCAGAGAGAACAAUGUGACAUUGGUGCCGUGGUUGCGCGAGACCGUUACGCCUAUGCAAACGAGUCGGAAGCCUUGUACCACGGAGAAAGCGCGUGUGCCGACAUAACUGACCAAACCCGGUGCGGCGCCACGCCAGGGUGUGGCUGGUGGCGGAAUAGCGCAGAGUCGCGAGGCGCGUUUGCAGACCCCAACGAGGAAAAUCCGGAGGUCGUUCGGAAGCUGCUACGAACUCUAGACCAGCCACUAGAUGUUUCUGACUCCGCCCCAGGAGACGCCUCAGCAGCACUAGCCCCUGGAGCAGAGCGCGGGUCGCUGAAAGUGAAAUUGACGAAGGAGCAGAAGCGCAUGCUGCGGGAGAAAGCAGCUGACAUCAACAAUGCAGGGCAGUGCGUACUGAAACCCUUCCGUACAACGAUUCCUUGCUCAGAGCUCCGCUAUCGUGCGUGGUCAUGCGACAGUAAGCAACAAUGUGUGGACAUGUGCGACCGCGCGGGCUCGGACCCACACGGCUACCCGAAAUGUGGCGGCUUUGUCUUUAACGAGGCAUCAAAGCGGGGUCGGCUGAUUCUCCCGCGCAGGACGGAGAGUGAGACGCACACGGCGGCAGACAGGUACGUGAAUAGCUGUCAAGUAUUCUUGCCAGCACAGCGAAAGUUCCACCUUGCGGAAGGUGUGUUUACCUACUAUAGAAAAGCCUGCGGCCGGUUGCCGAAGAAGAUCUCGACGAAGGCUAAUAUGGGUCCCCGUCGCGGUUUGCUUUCGGCUUUGAAUGUCGGUGGGAGCAGCAACGCGGACUCGACUGGUUCUCUGGCUCGAUGGCGGGACGCAAAAGGUGCCCUCGUAGGCCACGACGGG